AUGCAUACCCAUUUGUAUUCAUUAGCUAAUCAAAUUUUUUUAUUUUUAUUCAAAGGUCUUAUCAGAUGGAAAUGGGACAAAUAUGCUGCAAAACAUUUUUAUCUUCGUUUAGCAUUUGAAGUUUUAUUUCUUAUUUUAUGGACAUGUACUUCAUUGAUAGGUGCAUUUCCUAUUCGUUAUAUGUAUCGUUUUCCUCAAGAUAUUUGGCGUUUGGUAUUAUGGUCUGGUAGUAUUGGUUUUUUAAUAUGGGCUAUUGUUCUCGAGCUGUAUGACAUAAGAUAUGCAAGAAAACGUUAUGAAGAUUAUGUUAUUUGGGAAACUGAACGAACACAAAAUCGAUUAGAUCUAAUUUCAAAAAAUAAAUAUAAACCAAAUACGGCUAUACAAUCAUCAAAUAAUAAUCUUGGAAAGUUUGAAAAUGAUAUUGGUGAUACGGGACAUAUUACUAUUAAUGAAACAGCAACAACAGCACAAACAACAGAUGUAUCAUCAAAUCCUACUGUAUCGGGAGUGCGUUCUCAUCAUUCUCAACAUCAUCCAUUACCAACGACAAUACCAACAAUAAUCAAAGGUAAACCAAGUGAACCUUUACCAAAUCAACAACAACCAUUGGAUGCACCAAUUAAUCCGAUUGAUCCUUCAAAUAGCCUUUUUAAUGAUUCGAAAAAGAAAAGUGGACCUAAUAAUACAACUGAAAAAACUCAACCUGUAACAUCAUCAAGAUUUGUUCAAUUUCUUCAACGUUAUAAAACCAGUGCAAAGAGACGUAUUAAAUCGUAUUAUAUGUAUUAUUCAUUAAAUAAUUUAUUUGAUUGGAUUAUUUAUGUAUUAUGUUUAAUAACAAUAAUAACACAUGCUGUCGAUGUUCUUGAUCAUACAGUAAUUCGUGCACGUAUUCAUAUGUAUGUUGCAUCAGUUACGGUUGUAUGUAUAUGGUUUCGAUUUAUGGUCUUCUUUCGUACAAUAUCUAUUUCAUUUAAAACAUUACGAGCAAAAAUAGUUGAAAUUAAAUUAGGUGAAUUAGUUAUUAUGGUUCGCAUGAUGUUCGAUGAUAUAAUACGUUUUCUAUUAGUUUUUGCUUGUCUUCUUUUACCAUAUGCAUUAGUUUUCUAUGCUGUGUUUGGUGGUCGACAAAUUUUUCAUACUGAUUAUCUCCAAUCACCUGAACUUUGUGAGAAAGCAUUACUAUAUUGUCCUAUUAUUGAAGAAUCCAUAUCUGGUAAUAACAGUUUCGAUCCAUAUGAAGGUCAAAACCGUUAUGUAUUUAAUGGAACAUCAGCUGUUGCGGAAGUUUCAUGUUAUAAUGCAACAAAUUCAUGUCAUCUAGUCGCACCAUAUGGCUUUGAAACAUUUUAUUCAUUACUUUUUUCUAUUUUUCGUAUUGCAUUAGUUGAUGAUAUUCCAAUCGUUGCGUUUAAUUUAAUCGAUAGUUAUUUUGCUGCAUUUGUUUGUACUACAUAUCUUUUAUUUACUGCAAUAUUAGCUGUUAAUAUAUUUAUUGGUCUUAUAUCAAAUGCUUUACAAACAGAAGCAUUCUCAACUGUUGAAGCUCGUUUUCUUCUUGAACGUAUUCAAAUUAUAUUAAAUUAUGAAUGGCGUUUAUCGUCUCGUAAACGUUUACAAUUACAAGAAAUGAUUCAUCGUCAAUGUUCACCAUUACAAUUAAAUUGGAAAGAUAUUAAUUUUAAUUCAUUUGGACAAUCACGUGAAGAACAACAAGCUAAAGCAUUUGCUCAUUUUCGACAAACAAUUGAUAAACAUAAUAUACAAUUUAAUACAUUUCGUAUACAAGUACAACAAAAAUUAAAUGAUAUUGAUACAACAUUAACAAAAUUACAAUCAACAACAGUAAUUCCAAGACAAAAUUUACCAAAAACAACAUCAACAUUACAGGAAAACACUAGACAAAAUUCUACAACAAAUACACAAUCACCAUCAAAGAAGUCUUCAAUACAUCAAAGUACAGAACAAAUUGAUACAGUUCAACCAUCAUCAGCAAUGACUACAACAGAUCCAACAAUAAAUAUAGCUGAAGAAUUAGGACGAUUAAGAGAAUUAUUAGAAGAAACACUUGCUGGACAACAUGGUCGAAUAUCUACUGCUGCUCGAACAUUACCCGGUUCAAUGGGUAGUAUGAUUACUACAAGUCGUCCAUCAGCUGCAAGUGUAUCAUCUUUUCAUCAUCAACAAACUAACAUACCACCACCAUCACCAUCAGGUACAAACAAUGAAACUCGUGUUGAACCUUUUUCACAAAAUUUACACGAACGUGUUACUGAUUUACAAUUAGCUGUUAAUCGUCUUCAUCAAGAUGUAACUGCUAUUCGACAAGUAAUUGAAAGAAUGUCACCAUUAACAACUAGUCUUAUUCUUGGUAGAACAACUACACGAAGAUAA